CUAAAGGUAUGUCUUCCUGUCCGGAUGAGAUGCACCUGCAAAAAGACGCGCGUGCACAACAUUUACCUCCUCAGUACUGCUUGGGAACACAUUGGUGCUUUCUGGGCUUUAUUAAUUUUUUAACACAUCGCACUUCCAACCACAGACAACCUGGGUCCACUCCGUGUCAGCACAGAAGAGAUGGACCAGCUAUCGCCCCGGUCCGCAGUGGGCAGUGAGGAUGUUACAGAUGACUCCACGUCCAUGCUGGAUGUCCAGUGGAGCUCUGAUGAAGAAUUGAGCUCCUCCGACCCUCAGGGCCAGUGUCUCCCUGCUCCGUCUCCUCUGCCCACCUACAAGCAGAGGUUGGAUGAAUUCAAGAAGCUGUUCAAAGAGCUGCCCGAGUCCGAGAGGCUCAUAGUGGACUACACGUGUGCCCUGCAGCGGGACAUCCUCCUUCAGGGACGACUCUACCUGACAGAGAACUGGCUCUGCUUCUACAGCAACGUGUUUCGGGGUACAAAGAUUACAAUGACUCUCAAAGACAUCACGAGUAUGACCAGAGAGAAAACCGCUCGUCUAAUUCCCAAUGCCAUCCAGGUCUGCACGGCAACAGACAAGUUCUUCUUCACGUCCUUCUCAGCAAGAGAGAAGAGUUACCAGGGAGUUUUCCGCAUGUGGCAGAACACCCUGUUGGACAAGCCUCUAACCAGCUUGGAGUUGUGGCAGAUGGUCAAACAGCAUUAUGGGAAUGACCUGGGUCUGAGCCAUGAGGAGAUGGAGAGUUUACACAUGUCAGAAACAAGCAUGCAUACCAGCCUGCAGACAGCGAGGCCUGGUGGUGAUGAGGGUGUAGGGAGGCUCGAGCGCCCGCAUUCCCUUCGCCUCCCCGGGAUGGAGAACGGGCCCUUAGAGGCCUCCACUCCAGGGGACGACUUCCCUUCGCCGCUCGGCUCACACAACUCUCCAAACAUGGAAGAUGCUCGCAGCCCCCCCUCUCAGCGGCGCAGUCCGGCUCCCUCGCUGGACCGCCUCGCCCCAGAACGGGUUUCCAAGCGAUCGGCUCUUUCUCUCGACCUCAACGCCAACCAGAACGACGCGUCCGAGCAGAGCGGCUCCGAAACGAAUGAGGAUGUGGAGGAACGAGUGGUAACGUCCGAGGUCCAGGGUCGACUUUUUAUAAACAAGGUGUUCCACAUCAGUGCCAACAAGAUGUUUGAGCUGCUGUUCACCGACUCCAGCUUCAUCCGCAGGUUCAUGAUCAUCAGGAAGACAACCAACGCCAGCUCUACUGCUUGGCAGAAAGACGCCUCAGGACACAUGAAGCGGA